UAAUAUAACGGGGUCUUGCUAAAACUGUACCUAAAAAAGUAUAUAUCACUGCAACCUAGAUACACGAUGUAGAAGACCCCCUUGAAAGACGAUGACCUGUGCGCAAUGUUGGGCAUUAAUAUUCAUAGUGCAUUGUCUCACCUAUCUGUCAAAAGCCCAGGUCAGAAUCCUUUUUACCUUCAAAGUACAAGAUUAAAGAUUACAUACAACCAGACAACCUACUUAAACUGUCAUUCUCAGUUCAAAAUGAUCGAUGGCGGAUAAACUUAAUCUAUUGCCGAUAAUUUAGAUACCUAUACAAACAAAUACAGUGCAUUUAGGAAGUAAGUGGGCGGUACGUGUGAUACACUCAAAUUAUGUGUGAUGUUCAGCCGGUGCUAAGUUCAGAUUGCUAAUCAUUUUAGAGUUGUGUGGAGUGUCUAAAUCAAAGCGAGUUGAUCAAACCAACGUCUAGUGAAGUGAUGAUAUACGUCAAUAAAUAGGGUUAUCUGGUAAUCUAGUCCGUGUAAAACCCGCAUCUGUAAUUGAAACUAACGAAAACACGAGAAUUCCGAUCGCCUCACACCUGAUAUCAGUUAAUCUAUAUAAAGAUGGAGUAAAUACUUAAUUAGUGGUCAUUGUUAUACGAUACGGCGGACAAGAUGAGGGUGCUCACAAUCGCAGUAGCCUUGUUGGCCACGACUGUUGCUUCAGAGCUGAUAUCCUCGGAUGGCAUAGAAGAUUUAUUCAGGAGACACGCAAGAAACGAAUUAAGUCUGAUAGAAAAUGAAAAACUCCAGGAUAUUAUUGAAAUACUUUAUAGACCGGAACAUUUUUCGACCGAAUCACUGGAAAAUGCACGCGAAAGUAGAGCGUCCUUGGAUUGUUUAAUUUGCCGAAGUGCAUUUGCUGUAGUAUUUGAAGAUGUCAAAAAUGGGAAGACCGACGAAGAGAUCUCAGAAGCUGUCAUAAGCCUUUGCACAUCAUUAAAUAUUGAAACGUAUAAUGUUUGUUCAGGAAUUGUACCUCUAAAUAUACCCAUAAUUACUCACAUAAUAAGAACAACUCCAGAAGCAACGCCGAGAUCGUUUUGUGGACUAGUUCUGCAAACCGUGGGAAACCCAAACAUCUGCGUUAUAGAAGACCCAAGAUUCGAAUGGCAAGUGGAAAUACCGGAGAAAACUACAGUAACCAACGUCCCUUCCGCUGAAGCUAAGCCGUAUAAGGCUGUGGUCAUCACAGAUACGCACCUCGACCCGCUAUACGAAGCGUUCGGUGUUGGCGAUUGCGAUGAACCGACAUGUUGCCGAAAGGGACAAACUGCUGCCAAACAUUUCGAGUACAGAACCAAUAUAGAUGAAUCAGUAAUCAAAGAAACAAUUGUCAAUGAUAACGGGCAAGUUAUGCUGGAUCUGAGUAUGGCGCCAAAGAUACGUGAGCUAAAGAAGUCAACGCGAACGAGAUUCUUAACUAAUAGGGACUCGGCACCAGCCGGUUUCUGGGGAGAUUACAGAAGCUGUGACUCGCCAAUUUGGGCUGUUGACAACGUUAUUGAGACUAUUGCAGAUACACACAAGAAUAUCGAUGUAGUAUAUUACAUUGGUGACACAAUCGACCACGGCGUGUGGGAGACAUCCUACGAGUUAAUCAGUGAGAUGAACCGUCAUUUAAUUGAAAAAAUAAGAAAAAGCUUCGGAGACGACGUAAAAGUUUUGCCAGUCAUCGGUAAUCAUGAAUCUCAACCUACAAACCAAUUUGCACCGGCAUCUGUAACAGGCGCAUACAUAAACACAACUUGGCUAUAUGACGAGCUUGCUGAAAAAUGGGGAUUCUAUUUAACUGAAGACGCAAAAGUGACUCUACGCGAACGCGGAGAAUUCUCCAUGCUUAUCCGACCAGGACUAAGAGUUAUCACUUUGAACAACAAUGUUGCUUACAAAUAUAACUGGUGGGUUGUAUAUGAUCCAGUGGACGCCAAAAAACAUUUGGACUGGUUGAUAUCAGAGCUACACAAAGCGGAGUUAGCCGGUGAGAAGGUUCACAUCCUGGCUCACAUCCCGCCCGGCGUGCACGACCUCACUAAGACAUGGACACGAGAAUACAACAGGAUUGUGAACAGGUUUUCAUCAACAAUUGCUGCUGAAUUCAACGGCCACACGCAUUCGGACGAGUUUAAAAUAUUCUACAGCCCUGACGAUAGGCCGAUAAACGUAGCAUGGGGCGGUGGUAGUGCUACGAGCUACACAAACUACAAUCUCAACUACAAAAUUGUUGACUUCAAUGGCGCCACCUACGCACCCGAAAGCAUCGCGAAUUACGUAUAUAAUCUCACAGAAGCAAACCUCACUCCACACCGUCCGCCACAUUGGUUCCAACUCUACGACAUGAAGAACACGUUCGGACUAACCGAUCUAUCCGCCAAGUCAAUGGACAACCUAGUCCAUAAAAUGGUGACCACAAACAAGGAAUAUUUAGAUAUGUAUGCUGCGUUUUUCUCGAAAGUGAGCGACACUCGUUGGCCAACUUGCAACGAUUGGUGCAAACUCGAUAACCUUUGUAAAAUUGUCGUAACCGUAUUGUGGGAGCGACAAAAAUGUGAAGAAUUACGUGACAUAUUCUAUUCAUCGAAUUAGAACUUAAGUGCCAUAUUUUUUUUUAUUAUAUAGUAUUAAAACGCAACCUAAUAAAAGAUCUAAUUAUAAAAAGAA